AAUAUUGCACAGAGAACAAAAUUGUGCAGACAUACUUUCUUCGACGUCUCACGAGAGAAUAGAUCUCAUGACUAGAAAUCAGGGACGAUCUAGGAUCUCUUAAGUCUUUCAACUAUGACCUCUGCCAAAGCUGUUUCUUCUCUGGGAGAACAUCACGAGAUCAUUUAGUCUCACAUCCAAUGCAUCAAUAUUGUCUUUCGACAACAGGACCAGAGGAUGUCAAAGAUUUCUUCAAAGUUGUCAAAAAUAAAAUGAAGCCUCGAAAAUACAAGAAUAAACCUCCAAAGCAUCUUGGAUAUCUUCCUGUUCAGACAAUCAUGGAGGGUGCUAAUCUCGAGACACCAGCUUCCCCUCCCCCGGGGCAUAACCAGGAUAUAUACAAUAAACUGGGAAUGUUGGCUGAUCUUAAAGCUGCUGCAGAAUACAGCACGCCUCAGAAGAAAGGAAAGAGUAAAACAAACAAUGAUAUCUAUGACGAACAUAAACUAAUAGCAAAAUUUUGUAGAAGUUUGGACUCGUCUUCUAUUCCCAAUCAACCGCGAAGUCCAGCUCAGAUAUUGAAAGAGCUGGCUGAAGAAGAGAAAGAGGACUUGGAUAAGACUAGUGCUGAUCUUGAAGAUGAAAAUAGAACUCUUCUUGAGGAACUUUCCCAGUUGAAGUCAUUGACUACAAGUCGUGAUGGUCAUCAAAAAGAUCGUGAAAAUGAUGUCAUUGAUGAGAUCAAGCUUUUGCAACAACAUAAAGCACGUCAUGAAUCACGUGUGAAAGUGUUAGAAGACCACAACAGACAAUUGCAACAGCAAUUAGCAAAAUUGAAACAACUUUUGGAACAGCCAUCGGAAAAAUCCACGUCACCUAUAACACGUGCGUCCUCCGCUGGAUCAAUGAAAAGACCUGGUUACAACAAUGAUGGCGGUGUACAAGAUCCUGAGUUGCGUCAGGUGAUGGAUAAAAUCAACACGUCCUUUCCUCAUGAUCGAGGUUCCUCUGAGGACAGUUCAAAGAAAAUGUGAUGGGUGAUGAAAAACGAUGAUUAUACUGUUUAGUUUUUUAAAUGGUGCAAUACUUUAUUUUACAUUGCUACUUGAAAAUAUUAGUUUCUAAUGUUGGUAUUGAUAUAACCUUGAUGUAGUAGCUCAUACUUUGAAACUUGUAAUAUUUAGAUCGUUUAUAUUUACAAAAUUUAUUCUUUA